AUGUCCCAAACAAGCAACAUUAGUUUUCCGACAGCAGCGGGCUAUUUGGAUGUGAAUACAGACAUCUAUUCAAAAGUCCUGGUAACUGUAAUCUACGUGGUGCUUUUUAUUGUCGGCUGUCUCGGAAACUCUGUAACUCUUUACAUCAUGAGUAAGAAGGACUCCUUAAAGAAUCUCCAGAGCACAGUGCAUUACCAUUUGGCUAGCCUGGCAGCAUCCGACCUCCUAAUACUUCUGUGCAUGCCGGUCGAGCUGUACAACUUCAUCUGGAUCCAUCACCCAUGGGCAUUCGGAGACGUUGGUUGCAGAGGAUAUUACUUUCUCCGGGACGGAUGCUCCUACGCCACCGCACUCAAUAUCAGCAGUCUGAGUGUAGAGCGCUACAUGGCACUGUGCCAUCCGUUUAAGGCGAAAAUGGUCAUGUCGCGGGGGCGCACCCGAAAGCUAAUAAUCGGACUAUGGGUGGUGUCGCUUCUUCUCGCUUCGUCAAUGCUUUUCAUAAUGGGGCAGCACAAUUUAGGACAUGAGAUGAUCUGCACUCCCAUUGUGUCCACUGCUACCAUCAAAACGGUACUACAGGUCAACGUUUUGCUGUCGUUUGUGGUGCCAAUGGCUGUGGUGUCUAUCCUCAACUGGCUCAUUGGCAGAGAGAUGCAGCGACUUUCCCAGCAGGCGUUGUUACAUCACUCCGGCAGCCCUCCAUUGUCCAGCUAUGCCACUGAGCCGGCCCGUUCCCGUUCAUUGCGCCACGGCGUAACUGUCCUGCGCGUGGUGGUGGUUGCCUUCGUUGUGUGCUGGUUGCCGUACCACAUGCGGCGUCUCAUGUUCUGUUACAUUAUCGAAUGGACAGAACACCUGUAUGACUUCUACCACUACUUCUAUAUGAUGACAAAUGUCCUCUUCUAUGUGAGCUCUGCCAUCAAUCCAGUGCUUUAUAACCUGGUUUCGGCCAAGUACCGGGAGCUCUUCUUCGCCACACUCAGCUCCUCCUGUCUCCAUGGCUUUCACAAGAGGGAGUGUGACCGACGAGACAACGAACUCCACCACCCUCAGCAACUGGCCUUACCUGUGCUACAUAACCCUCUCAUGACACAACAAACAUCUCUUUCAUUCUCAGUUACCAAUGAAACACUGAUCUGA